GAAACAAACCACAUUACAAAUAAAAAUCCAGAAAGAUUUACUCUAACCCAAAACUGUACACUAAAGUUUUUUAUGUAUGACUACCUCAAGAUAAUGAAAUGCUUAUCUUUGUAUACAUUGUUUUUUUUUUCAAUAUAAUAUGGUCGGUUCUUUGUUCAACGAGCAAUAGUAGAGAAACAUUUUGUAAAUAUUUAGUUUAUACAUAUUUAGUCGUUGAUUAG